AUGGCGAGCAAGCCCAUCUUGCUCGGACUCAAAGACAAGAAAGUCAAACAAACAGUCGCGGAAUCAGCGAACGGUCCAGCAUCAAGUCAGCUCAAGGAAACGUCGAAUUCAGCGCUACCUAGACCGAAACGAAAGUACACUGCUCCGACUCCAGAGCGAGCAGCACAGUUGCAGGAAGCAAGAGAAGAAAAGCGACGUAAAGUUGCUGAGGCAAAAAGCCGUCAAUGGAUAAUUGUGGGCCUUGACUUCGGUGUGACGUUCACAGGCAUUGCGUACAUUGCCACAAAUGUUGGCAGUCGAGAUGUGCAAGUCAUCAGGCGAUGGUCCGGCGGUGGCAGGCAAACGGAUUUAUUAGAUAAGUCGCCGUCACGUUAUGCAUAUGCUUCGGAGAACAAGAAUCUCACAGAAGACGCCUGGGGCUAUCAAGUCCAACCUGGUAUGAAGAGUUACUCCUGGUUUAAGCUUUUGCUGGACGGGGACACAAACGCUGCCGAGUACGACGAUCCUUUGCUACGCCAAAGUGCAGGGCAAGGCAUGACGGAUCUGCCGCCGGGGAAGUCAGCGAAAGACCUUGCUGCUGACUACCUGGAACAAAUCUACAAGCAUACGCACUCUUACCUUGGCGAAGUCAUUGGCAAAGAUAAAUUAUCUAUGGUUGACGAGCCAGAGGCAGCUGCGGUAGAUGCAAUAAAAUCUACCCUCGAAGGCUUUCCGAAACACAACCUGUUCGAGGCUGGCCAAGGCAUCAUCAUCGUCGACUUGGGUGGCGGAACGGUCGAUUUGGUCUCAUAUAAGAUCCUGAAGCUAGAACCGCUUCAGUUGGAAGAGCUUUGUGUUGGCAUCGGGGCCAAGGCUGGAAGCACCUGCGUUGAUCGGGCCCUACACAAGUUGAUGAGAGAUCGGUAUGGCAAAGCUUUCUCAUCGCUUCCAGCAAUGAAGAUAGGUCCUGGGAGCAAGUUCAUGGAAGACUUUGAAACCAUCAAGCGCGAUUUUGAUGACAACGACCCAACACAGACAUUUCAGGUCCAUCUAAAGAUGCGAGAUCUUAGGAAACAAGAUCAGAAUGUGGUCCAAUACGACUUUGAGGAGGAUGAAAUCAUGCUGACAUGCGCAGAUAUGCGAAAUCUGUUCCAAGUUGCUGUCGAAAUGACUCUGCAGCUGAUACUGCAGCAGGUUAAUUUGAUUAAGAAGAAGAAAGCAGGAACUAUCAAGACUCUUAUUGUCUGUGGGGGGCUGGGUAGCUCUCCAUAUAUCAAAACCAAACUAGAUGAAUUUUGCGAGGAAAGAUUUGCUGGCAAGAUGCAGGUAGUGAGGCCUGUCAGAGCCUGGGCCAGUAUAUGCCGAGGUGCGGCUCUAUCGGGUCUGGAGGCGUCCCCAAUCCUCUCGCGUCGCUCAAGGUAUCAUUACGGCUUUGUCAUUCAUAAAACCUUUGACGAUGACGAGCAUGAUGAGGAAGAUGCUUUCGACGACCCAGUGUAUGGGAAACGUGCAAAGAAUCAAAUGAAAUGGUUUGUGAAGAAGGACGAGAAACUCAGACCAGGAGCCAAGAAAGAGCACAGUUGUACUUAUACAAUUCCGCCUAACGUACACAGCUAUACUGGUCACGAAAGGUUCUAUCUCUGCAUGGAGGAGAGCGCACCACCUCGCUUUGGUUCCGAUGUACAGCCAGGUGGAGAGAUAAUUAUCAACGUAACCUCGACCGUGCUUAACAAAGAGCGGAAGAGACUUAAAGACGAGGGAUUCGAUGUCAAGAAGAAGCCAAUUCCGCUCGAUGUCACGCUGUCGUUCAAGAUCGGUGGCGAAAAAGGCAUUCUCGAAGUUGCUGCCACCUCCGGAAAGACCAAACUUGGGGAUGCACAGAUGAACUACGAAGCAAACUCUGAAUGCAAGGGAGCAUGGUCAGAGGAUAUCAAAGCUGAGGCUUAG